CUGCCGCCAUCUUGUCCGCCAUUUGCGAGAGGCCGGGAGUGGGAGCCCGGGCCGUUGUCCAGCGGGUGGCAGCCCUUGCUGCUGCUGCCGCCGCCGCUCCCAAACCCCGCCGCCGCUCUGGCCUGGGCGCCUGCUCCACCGCGGUGGCCGGCGGCACAGCGUUUCGCCGGCGGCAGGCGCGGCCCCCGGGCCUCCUUACUGCUCCCGGCCGGGGUUCUCCGGGGACCAGAGCCCGUGGGCCGCCGCGAUGGCCCUCAAGAUGGUAAAGGGCAGCAUCGACCGCAUGUUCGACAAGAACCUGCAGGACCUGGUCCGCGGCAUUCGUAACCACAAGGAGGACGAGGCAAAGUACAUCUCUCAGUGCAUUGAUGAGAUCAAGCAAGAGCUGAAACAAGACAACAUUGCCGUGAAGGCGAAUGCAGUCUGCAAACUAACAUAUUUACAAAUGUUAGGGUACGACAUCAGCUGGGCUGCCUUCAACAUCAUCGAGGUGAUGAGCGCCUCCAAAUUCACAUUCAAGCGAAUCGGCUACCUUGCAGCCUCCCAGUGCUUUCACGAAGGCACCGAUGUCAUCAUGCUGACCACAAAUCAGAUCCGAAAGGACUUGAGCAGCCCCAGCCAGUAUGACACUGGAGUUGCACUGACUGGUCUGUCCUGUUUUGUUACCCCAGAUCUUGCUAGAGACCUAGCAAAUGACAUCAUGACACUGAUGUCACAUACGAAGCCAUAUAUCAGGAAAAAGGCUGUACUCAUCAUGUACAAGGUCUUCCUCAAGUAUCCCGAGUCACUGCGCCCUGCCUUCCCCCGGUUGAAGGAGAAGCUAGAGGAUCCUGAUCCUGGGGUCCAGUCAGCAGCUGUCAAUGUCAUUUGCGAGCUGGCCAGACGCAACCCCAAGAACUACCUGUCCCUGGCUCCACUCUUUUUCAAGCUGAUGACCUCAUCCACUAACAACUGGGUCCUCAUCAAAAUCAUCAAAUUGUUUGGUGCCCUGACCCCUCUGGAACCCAGGCUGGGGAAGAAGCUGAUUGAGCCUCUCACCAACCUGAUUCACAGCACAUCUGCUAUGUCCCUUCUCUACGAAUGUGUAAACACCGUGAUUGCAGUGCUCAUCUCGCUGUCCUCCGGCAUGCCCAACCACAGCGCCAGCAUCCAGCUUUGUGUUCAGAAGCUGAGGAUAUUGAUAGAAGACUCCGAUCAGAACUUGAAGUAUCUGGGGCUGCUGGCCAUGUCCAAAAUCCUGAAGACCCAUCCCAAGUCUGUGCAAUCACACAAGGACCUGAUCCUGCAGUGCUUAGAUGACAAGGAUGAGUCCAUCCGCCUGCGGGCCCUCGACCUGCUCUAUGGCAUGGUAUCCAAGAAGAACUUGAUGGAGAUUGUGAAGAAGCUAAUGACCCACGUGGACAAGGCUGAGGGUACCACUUACCGGGAUGAGCUGCUCACCAAGAUCAUUGACAUCUGUAGCCAGUCCAACUACCAGUAUAUCACCAACUUCGAGUGGUAUAUCAGCAUCCUGGUAGAGCUGACACGGCUGGAGGGUACUCGCCACGGCCAUCUCAUUGCUGCCCAGAUGCUGGAUGUGGCUAUCCGUGUGAAGGCCAUCCGCAGGUUUGCUGUAUCCCAGAUGUCCUCACUACUUGACAGCGCCCAUCUGGUGACCAGCAGCACACAACGCAAUGGGAUCUGCGAGGUGCUCUACGCAGCUGCCUGGAUCUGCGGGGAGUUCUCAGAGCACCUUCAGGAGCCCCACCAAACCCUCGAAGCCAUGCUACGCCCCAAAGUCACCACCCUGCCUGGACACAUCCAGGCAGUGUACGUGCAGAAUGUGGUCAAGUUGUACGCAUCCAUCCUGCAGCAGCAGGAGCAGGCAGCAGAGGCCGAGGCAGCCCAGGAGGUCACCCAGCUCAUGGUAGAGCGGCUGCCCCAGUUUGUGCAAAGUGCAGACCUGGAGGUCCAGGAGCGGGCAUCCUGCAUCUUGCAAUUGGUCAAGCAUGUCCAGAAGCUCCAGGCCAAAGGUGUGCCUGUGGCAGAGGAAGUGAGUGCUCUCUUUGCUGGAGAGCUGAACCCAGUGGCCCCCAAGGCCCAGAAGAAAGUCCCAGUUCCUGAAGGCCUGGACCUGGAUGCCUGGAUCAAUGAGCCACCCUCAGACAGUGAGUCUGAGGAUGAGAAGCCCAAGGCCAUCUUCCAUGACGAGGAACAGAGGCAUGUCCGGCAUCGGCAGCCUGAGGUGGAUGAGGAGGAGCUGGCCCGGCGUCGAGAGGCCCGGAAGUUGGAGCAAGCCAACAACCCUUUCUACAUCAAGAGCUCUCCAUCUCCACAGAAGCGGUACCAAGAUGCUCCAGGUGUGGAACACAUUCCCGUGGUGCAGAUUGACCUCUCUGUACCUCUGAAAGUUCCAGGAAUGCCCAUGUCAGACCAGUAUGUGAAGUUGGAGGAGGAGCGCAGGCACCGGCAGAGGUUGGAAAAGGACAAAAAGAAGAGGAAGAAGAAAGAGAAGGAGAAGAAGGGCAAGCACCGCCGUCAUAGUUCAUUGCCCACCGAGAGUGAUGAGGACAUUGCCCCUGCCCAGCAGGUGGACAUUGUCACUGAGGAGAUGCCUGAGAAUGCUCUGCCCAGUGAUGAGGACGACAAAGACCCCAACGAUCCCUACAGGGCUCUGGACAUUGAUCUGGAUAAGCCCUUAGCUGAUAGUGAGAAGCUGCCUAUCCAGAAACACAGAGACACUGAGACCUCAAAGUCCCCAGAAAAAGAAGAUGUUCUUGUGGCAGAAAAGAAGAGCAAGAAACCCAAGAAGAAAGAGAAGAAACACAAAGAGAAAGAAAGAGACAAAGAAAAGAAAAAAGAGAAGGAGAAGAAGGGUGAGGACUUAGACUUCUGGCUGUCUACCACUCCACCACCUGCCACUUCUGUCCCUGAACCAUCCACGCUUUCCUUUCCUGGCUCCCUGCAGGAAGAGCUUGGUGUGCACGCUGUCACCACCCCCAAGGACGAGGGUGAGGGAUCCAAGAGGGAGGAACCAGAAGAUGAGGAUGAGGAUGUGGAACGUGACCAGGAGCGGAAAUCCUCCAGGCACAAGAAGAAGAAGCAUAAGAAGGAGAAGGAGGAGAAAUCCAAAGACAAGAAGACCAAGAAGAAGCAGCCUGAGCAGGAGGCAGCAGCUGUGGAGCCCGUGGAGAAUGGUGCAGCUGAGGAAGAGCCUAUUCCACCCAUGUCCAGUUACUGCCUCCUUGCUGAGAAUUCAUACAUUAAGAUGACGUAUGACAUCCAGGCUAGCCUGCAGAAGGACAGCCAGGUCACUGUGUCCAUCAUCCUGGAGAACCAGAGCAGCAGCUUCCUGAAGAACAUGGAGCUUAACGUGCUGGACUCGCUCAACACCAAGAUGGCCCGGCCAGAGGGCUCCUCAGUCCAUGAUGGUGUCCCAGUGCCUUUCCAGCUGCCCCCGGGCGUCUCAAACGAAGCCCAGUUUGUGUUCACCAUUCAAAGCAUCGUCAUGGCCCAGAAGCUCAAGGGCACACUGUCCUUCAUCGCUAAGGAUGACAGCGGGGCCACCCACGAGAAGCUGGACUUCAGGCUGCUCUUCAGCUGCAGCUCCUACCUGAUCACCACACCGUGCUAUAGUGAUGCCUUUGCCAAGUUGCUGGAAUCUGGGGACCUGUGCAUGAACUCAAUCAAAGUCGAUGGCAUUAGUAUGUCCUUCCACAACCUUCUGGCAAAGAUCUGCUUUCACCACCAUUUUUCAGUUGUGGAGCGAGUGGACUCCUGCGCCUCCAUGUACAGCCAGUCCAUUCAGGGCCACCAUGUCUGCCUCCUGGUAAAGAAGGGUGAGAACUCCGUGUCGGUGGACGGGAAGUGCAGUGAUGCGACACUGCUCAGCAGCCUGCUAGAGGAGAUGAAGGCCACACUAGCCCAGUGCUGAGCACUGCCUGGAGCCCAGCCUGUGGAGGACACCCAGCCAAUGGACACCAGAUCUGACGUCUUGCCUCUCUUGUGGUGUACUGUCCUCACACCCAAGCAUUAAUUUCACUGUCCACUGUAUGACUUCUGAGAUCCUAUGUUGCAUUGAUUUAUUACCCUUUUUUGACUCUAUGUCCCUUUGGCAAGAAGUCCUAUCCCAGUCCCCAGACCACCAAGGGGUUCCUUGGCUCUGCUUGCCCCCCUAUACUGGGGGCUGAGCUCCUUUAAUGUGGCCACAGGCCUCUGACCAGGUGAUGGGACUUCCUGGGUCAGUGCUGGUGGACACCCUGGUAAAGCCUGUUCAGUGGGAAGGGUGGAGCUGACAUGGCCCUGCCUUCAUGUGUCCUGUACCUAGGGAAGCCUUGAGGGCUGUUUUUGUCCCCAAAUAUCCUGACUGGCUCUGGGGAGAUGAACAGCUGGCCAUCACCAAGCUUCACUCUGCAAAAUUCUCAAGGAGAAAAUGGUCCUGUCUCCACUGCCUGCUGUCUCCCUGUGCUGGUGAGCUGACAGCCAGGCACUGAAACCACAGGUCAGGCCAUGGGCAGAACCAUUGAUACCAUGUGGCUGGCCUUUUUCUUGUUGAAACAGAAUCUGGUCUCCUUGGGGGUGAGUGGUGGUGGCAGUGACAUAGUUUCAUGACCAUCUGCUUGUCACCACACACCACAAGGCUUAUCCCUGUACCCAUGGCUGUCUGAGGGCCCUGGUGGAACCUGGGAGCUCCAUGUCUGGGUGCCUCAUAGUGGAGGACAUGUGCCCUGGCUACCCUUUACUGCCUGCUCAGUUGAUUGGGCUGCCCUCGGGCCAGGUCCCCUGGAAGGCCGCCUCCUGGGCAGAGCAGCUUUAGGCAGUAUGGGGACUCUGGAUGGCUCCUCUGCAUAGCCAGGCAGCCUGGUCACAUGCUGUACCUCCCUCAGGUGACGGUUCUCCAUGACAUUUUAACUGUCCUUUGAUGAAACAGUCACCGUAGCAUGUAGCGUAAUCUAUUAUAGAAUCCCGUGCCGUGAUUCUAGAACUUUGAGAUUGUAUGAUGUGUUACAUAACAAUUUAUUUGCUAUCGACAUUCCCAUAUAAAGACAUAUCACGCUGCUGUAAUGAUUUUGUGUCAAGAUGAUCAAUAAAAUUGCGAAGCAGA